AUGAAUCUAAUAUCCCUUGUUUUUGGCUUACUAGCCCUCCUCCUCCCCGUCUCCGCCACCCGGCUCAUCGAAUCUAACGCCCUGAAUAUCUGUCAGGACAGCUCGAAUUUCACGGCAACCUAUUUCAACGUCGUCUUCACUCCAGAUAAUCGCACCCUGGUCUUCAGCUUCGACGGCGUGGCCUCCAUCUCCGGCAAAGUCACCGCCGACGUCAUCCUGUAUGUCUACGGAUAUGCGACUCCCAAGAGGACGCUCGAUCCGUGCAAGUCGGACGAGACGAAGGGCUUCUGUCCGAUGAACGCGGGACCCAUCGAUGUUCCUACCGCCUCGAUCCAGGUCGGGGAGGAUGUCAUCAAGCAGAUUCCUGGCAUCGCGUAUACCGUUCCUGACCUCGACGCCACCGUCCGAAUCUAUGUCAACUCCAGCGCAACCGGGCAGAGCAUUACCUGUGUCGAGGCGCGACUCUCCAACGACAAGACGGUCUACCAGGCCGGAGUCGGAUGGACCACCGCCGUCAUCUCGGGACUGGGGCUGGCAGCGUCGGCGUUCACCUCGACACUGGGACAUUCGAACGCCGCCGCUCAUCUCGCCGGGAACACGCUCGCCCUGUUCGGGUUCGUGCAGUCGCAGGCCAUGUUUGGGAUGCUGGCGGUGCACAUGCCGCCGAUCGUGCAGUCGUGGACGCAGAACUUCCAGUGGAGCAUGGGGGUGAUCCGUGUGGGGGUCGUGCAGAAGAUCGGAACGUGGUACCAGCGCGCGACGGGGGGGACGCCGUCGACGCUGUUGCUGCAGCUGUCGACCACGUCGGUGAAUGUGCUUAGGAAACGGGACGUCGCGGAAAGCCCGACGAAUGUGAUUGUCCGGGGCAUCAAGCGCGUGGGUCUCAAGGCUGCGAUUGAGGAUACGAACCUGUUCCUGACCAGCAUCAUCAUAUUCACCUUCUUUGCCCUGGUGAUCAUGAUCAUCGUCCUGCUCAUGAAGGCGAUCUGCGCCGUGCUGGCCAAGAGAGGACGAACCGGUCCCGCGUGGGGAUACUUUCUCGCUGAAUGGGACGUCGUUGCCCGCGGGGUUCUCUAUCGCCUGGUCUUCAUCGGCUUCGCCCCGCUGAGCAUCUUCUGCCUGUGGGAAUUCACGCAGCAUGACUCCUCGGCGGAAAUCGUGAUCGCCGCCAUCAUCCUGGCAUCGACCGUCGGGGCGUUGGUGUGGGCCGCCGUCAAGAUCAUCCUGCUGAUGAGACGAUCGACAACGAUGCACCGCAACCCGGCCUACGUGCUGUACUCGGACGCAGCCUGUCUGAACCGCUGGGGCUUCCUGUACGUGCAGUACCGCGCCACCGCCGCCAGCUUCGUCCUGGUCACGAUCGGCUACCUCCUCGUCAAAGCGCUGUUUAUCAGUCUGGGGCAGUCGGUCCCGAUCGUGCAGACGGUCGCGCUGCUUGUCCUCGAGGGACUCAUGCUGAUCGGGGUGAGCGUCAUCCGCCCGUGGAUGGACAAGCGGACCAACACGUACAACAUCGCCAUUGCGGCGGUGAAUUUCCUCAACGCCAUCUUCCUCCUGUUCUUCUCGGGGGUGUUUGACCAGCCGGGGAUCGUCUCGGGGGUCAUGGGGGUGUGCUUCUUCGUGAUCAACGCGGCGCUGACGCUGAUCCUGAUCCUGCUGGUGAUCUUCGCGUCGGUCAUGGCGGUGAUCUCCAAGAGCCCGGACACGCACUACAAGCCUAUGCAGGAUGAUCGCGGGUCAUUUAUCCAGUCCAAGGUGCGCCUGGGGACGGAACUGGAUGAGCUGGGGGCCGCGGCCCGGGGGGACAUGCGCGAAAUCUCUUAUCCGAUCAAGUCGUGA